AUGCUUCCUGAUCACCUCAACGGAUCCUUCAAGCGAUACAAGAAGGAUACAGACUACUUCGUUACAUGGCUGGCUGUGACUGCGGGAAGCUCCGGUUUUCAUCUUCAAGAGAACCCCGAUACGUCCGACUCUCCUCAGCCAGCCGCUCGUCAAGGCCCACGGCUGAAGGGAAAGGCUAGAAAAGAAGCCCGUGAACGGGAGAAAUCGGAACCCCACAGAUCUUCACAGAAGCUCACCACGCACCAGCUCAUGGAGUGCGCGAAACAUAUUGCAUCUACGAAGUCAUCGCCAUCCCAUGUACCCCGUUCUGUGUAUGAGGCGUUAUCGAAUGCCCUGGUUGCUCGCGUGGAGUGCUCUACCUGGUUCAAACUGCAAGAAAAGUGUUCGGGUAAUGCAGACCUCCAAAGAAGCAACGAUACGCACAGCCACUUCAACACGACGUUAGAAACUGUACGUAAGCUGCUUCAGCCGUUUGUCCAGCGUCCACCCAAGUCACAAAGCGCCACAAAGUCUGUAUCAGCUGCUGCGCCGGGGUCUACGAAUACCUUUGGGGUGCUCGAACGGACAGAUGUGUCGGACAAGGACGAGGACGAUCAAGAAGAGAUCUCACCAGCACCCAAACCAACGUCAAAUUCCAAGAACCUUCCCGAGGAGACUUUGUAUCAACUCGACUCAAAGGGUGAUACCUUGAUGGCCAUCCAUUGCUUGCUGGAAGACUUCUUUGAGCUCCGUCUCACUGUUCGACAUCACUGGAAAAUCUUCAUGGACAGGAAAGGAGCCUUCGCCGACCUGAUGUCCACUGCCGCGAUGACACAGUGUGCAAACGAGAUUGCUUGUACACUUGCACGUGAUUUCACGGAGAAGUUUCCAGACAUCAAAUCCAUGGAUGAGAUUUUGAUGUUGCUAGUUGAGCCAGAAGUGAAAGGAGGCCUGCAAAUUCCUGCUGAGCCUAUGACAGGAACAGAAGAUCAGCAAGCAACACCAAUAACCGACACAUCAGCCCCACGACAGACGGAGCAUCACAAGUUGGCCGCGGGUAUACUCCAGCACACCUACCUCAAGGCGUUCCGGUUUGCGGAGGACUCAAGUAAGCUUGACGGGAUGCAGGACUGUCUGCGCAUCAACUUCGCUGAAGCCUCGGACGAGUUCAAAGAGUAUAAGCGUCGGGGUGAUGAGCUCACGACUCCGCUGGACAGGCUUGAGGGAUGCUUGCGCACUCUCAAGACCAUACAACCAAAAGCAGGUGUCGGCAGACAGAUGCUAUUCCCUGACGCCGAUAGCUUCACCCGCAUUUGGUAUGACGCUCUCGCUACGGAAGCUAGUGGCAUAAAGCCUGGUGUUGAGCAAGUCAUGGUAACACAGAUGUUUCUGGACGUUCUGAUAGCAACGCAUCUCCAGGAUGGCGGCUCAUGGUUUAGUAGCCGACUCGAUGAAGUUUUCGAAUUGCUUUUCGACACGGAUGUGGCUCUUCUCGACUUGUACAAAAUGCCUCGUCCUAAGGAUGUGACAGCAGAUAGCCUUCAUCUUUGGGCAUGGCCACACACCCCAGGCAUAGCUGCUGCACAGCCUCGAGACGCCGGCGAUUUCAUGAGCUUAUAUCUCUUGCUCAACCCCGUCUGGGCUGGGCUUCGACUACUCUACCGUGUUAUCGGGGUCAAGCUGCAAGAAACGGACCAAGAACUUGUGCAGGGGUCAAUCUCUUCGGCUGCACAUCUCCAAAAUGCGCUCUUGCAGCUCCGCCAUUCCAACGAUCCGACUAAAGCAAUUCUUGAGAAUGGAUGGGAGAUGCUCGAUACAGCGAUGACACAUUUUGAGAAGAAGAAGAUCUUUUGUGCAUCAGACGUACCAAAGACUGUAAAAGACUGCGCCGCACGAGCUCGGCUAGCAAUGGGUGCCAAAGCUCAUGACUUUGCGAGGAACAGGCGCCGCCUAGACAGAGAUACACGAUCCUUGAAGCCGCGUUCUAUUGAUCUUUCAAUCUCCAUGCUACGCGCCAUCAUGUACAAUUACCAGCACCAGGAAACCAUGGGCGGGUCGAUGAUCAAUGCCUACGGAAGUCGCAUCGUACAAGCAAUGGAUGGUACAUUAUCCACCAUCGAGCACAUGCAAGUUGACUUCAGAAGAUCGAAUCCAGAGAACUACCUGGGGAUAUUCCGCAUGUUUCUGUCGCUCGAUCUAGCUAACUGUAUGUUCAAUUACGCCAAGUCGGCGAGAUUGUGCUCGCAGAUGCUUCGGGAAGCAUCGAAUGUACUGCAAGGAGAGUGCGGCAAUCGGCAUCCUUGGCUUCUCCCGGUCGACUUACUGGAAGUAGAAAAGGCUGCACUACACGCGGCUAGAAAGGAUAUAGACACUGGCCUGGUAGUUUCGAAACACAUGGAGUGUAUAGCAGAGAUUUUCGUCAAGUACAAGGAUCAGUAUGGGGGUUUUGCAGAGGAGCUGGAAGAACGGCGCCGUACCGCAUCUACCGCCGCCCUCUUUACCGCCGCCGUCCCACUUCUCAUCUCGCGUCUCAUCAUGAGGUCACCAGUCAACAUCAAGAACUGGAGUCCCUUCAAGAUCGAUGCGCUCGGUAUCGUAACGCUUCUGGGUGCCGACGCGGUCCGCAAGUCCCUUGGCCGCCUCGUCCACUCACCUUUCGAAUAUCUUCCUCUCCUCGCUGGUCACAUCUUCGCCGAUAACUCAGUCAUGGAACCGAUUCCAGGCUUUGAACUAUACAACAUCACCGAAGGCAUUAAGGCAACUGAUCUAAGCGCUUGGUUUACACGCUGGCUAUCGUGUCAGAAGCUGUCAUACAACUCUACGCGGCUUGAGAUUCAAUCUGAUCAUCGUGUUCCUAGACAUCCGGCUGAGCAGUGGGUUGGAUUUUGGUUAGCUUUCUUAGUGAACGCUUUCUUGGUCAUCUGGCCGAUGCUGAUACAAGACUGGUAUGGUCUCGCUGCUUCACUCAGUCUUGUCGCUCUGGUUUAUGUUCGAGCCUGCAUUCUCGUCGACUUCCGCGAUAGCAUCGACGAGGCUGUCAAGCAGUUGGACAAUCAGGCGACAAAAAAGAAAGAAGUCAAGCUCUUCAUCACCGUGCCAAACGGUAAGCGUCUGACUGUCAUUACCACGACUGGCAUCGCGCAAGAUGUUCUGCUCACCGAAGCUCGCCCAGCCUCCGAGAAACUCCACCUGGUCAGCCGUGCUAUCUGCUGGCUAGCUUUCGGUGUCCACGCUGUCACGCUAGGCAUGGCCUGCCUUGCCGUCCAACUCCUGAUCAUCACAAUCACACUGGUUUCGUCUGUCGCGAUGAUACAGGGCUGGUUUUCGGAAGGGUCGAACAGUGAUGAAACCUGCAUUGGUAACCGUCUGUCCAUUACCCAGAGCCACGACGGGAGCGCUGGUACCAACGCUAGCCAGUAUGUAUGUCUUGAGAUGACCGAAGCGGAGGAGCAGAACAUGGUCGCGUGGUCUUUCUUUCCGACUCAGCACAACAAGCUUUGGCUACCGACGUAUGAGAAGUUCAAGGAGGACUUCAAGGCGACACGUGAUCCCAAGAUAUUGGGAUCAUGGAAGAAGCGUAUGCAACUAGCGCAUGCGAACGCCAAUGCUGGGCAGCAAACACAGUAA